AGUCAAGCGGUUUUGAGCUGAGGACAAAUUGGCCCUGGGUCUGCCAGAUCAUGCCUCGUCACGUGAAGCCAUGAUGGUCAAGCCAGCGAGGCAGGUCUCCCUGCUCGCCUGCCAGUGCCAGCGCGCUCAGCGAGGCUCACGUGGCUCACCCGUGCGGAGGCUCUCAUUAUCCACUUGAAGUAUUUUCUUCUUCUCCUCGUAAGCUUCGUCUGUGCAGCAUUCCUGCUCGCCAGUGCCAGCGCACUCACGGUCACCGUGACCGUGCGGCGGAAAGACCCCCCUCCCCGCAGGAGAUGCAAGGUCGACAGUCAAGCGGUCACCGCUUGAGGGCGAGCACGCAGGGGGGAAACUCACCCGGGUCCUCCCCGCCCCCCUCCCUUCCUUCCGUACAUCCUUCCCCCUCUCCGCCGCGCCGCGCUCUACCAGCGGGCUCUCCCCCUCCAUCUUGCUUCCAGGGAUGAUAGGAAUGGCAGCAGCAGUACUAGCAGCAGCUCGUCCCCUUGAGAGGAUUGAGGUAUUUAAUCCCCCUCGGCCUCUCCUUCACCACAGCACUCGCUCUGCGAGCAACACCAUCCCUGCUUGCAACCUACUCCUGCUCUCUGCUCGUUACUAGUACCGCAUGCAGAACUAGCACCUCUACCUGGCAUCGCCUGACUGCCUGACUGCUUUCCAGUGGCACCUGCCCUGCCCGUGCUUCCCAAGCUGACGCCGCGACCACCCGCUGUGCUGCACGCUGUGGCCGCCGUCUCAACCUCUCCUGCUCCUCCUCCCGCCGCCGAGUGGAUCUGCAAGGUUCGCCAGCAUCAUGGGUCCUCGCUCCGGCCUCCUGUUCGCUGCUGCACUCGCGGCUCUCAUUCUCUCAGCCUGUGCGCCCGUGGCUGAGGCCAUCCGCGUGCCAUCGAAAGGCCCCUGCCGGUGGGGGCAUGACAGGGACGAGUCAGGCAAAUGCGCUGACACGUGCGCAAUCCGCAACUGCGGUGCCAACUCCAAGUGCCUCAAGGACGAGGUCGGCUGGGCCAACUGCGUGUGCCUCAAGGGCUUCCAGCGGCUGCCCAACGCCUCCUGUGCCCACUCGUGCAGGAUCUUGGAGUGUGGGGCGCAUGCCACGUGCGUGAAGGAGGAGGACUCGUCCGCUAAGUGUGUGUGCAACGGGGGAUAUGCCAAAACUGCCAACACUGCCAACACUGCCAAAACUGCCAACACUGGCUGCGUCGACACGUGCACUCUCAAGGCGUGUGUGGGUGGCAAGUGCAGCAAGGACGUUGCGGGAGCAGCUGUCUGUACUUGCGACGCUGACGCUGGCUUGAAGCUGCUGCCUGACGGCAGGACUUGCAAGGACGCGUGCCUCAUCAGGGACUGUGUCGGCGAGGAUCCCAAUUCCAAGUGCGUCAAGGCUCGAGACGUUGCGACCUGUGAAUGCAACACGGGGUUCGAGCUCUCGGGGGGGGUUUGCACUGACAAGUGCAAGCUAAAGGGGUGUGUUGGCGGCACAUGCAGCCAGGAGACUGGGUCGCCAGUGUGUCAUUGCGACAACACCAUUGGCCUCGUGCUGCUGGAGGAUAAGAAGACGUGCAAAGAUGCAUGUGAGGUGAAGGUCUGUGCAGCCAUUGGCGUCAAUGGCGAGUGCAUUAGGAAUCCGCAGAAUGCAUCCGACGUGCACUGUGCGUGCAAGAAUGGCUACGUGCUGUUGGGAGGCAUAUGCACUGAGCCAGAUCUUUGCGCCCAAGUGACUUGCAAGCCCAACAGCCAGUGCGUGAAGGGCGACUGCAUGUGCAACAAAGACUUUGUCAAGAACGAGCAAACCGGCGAAUGCAUCUCUGAUCUGGACUGCUCACCUGAUGGCAAGUGGGCGUACAGGGACGGAAUGCCCUUCUGUGAAUGGGCAUCUCCCUGUGGCAGCUGCCCCUCGACCACCACCUGCGCGCAAAUGCCUUCAAACAAUAGAGCGUACUACUGCAGCUGCCCCGCAUCGUGGGUUAUGACGUCGACGGGCUGCUGGCAUCCUCUCUUUAGCAACUCCGUUCCAGGUGUACAGACGGCAGCCAGCUUCUUCAUUAUUUCUGACCCCGAUGCCCCGGGCUUCAUGUCCCGGCCGUACACCUUCUAUUCGUCUCCCAACGCUUGCACGCAGCUCCCUGCGGCAGUGGCUGGCAAGUUCCGGUUCUUUGCGUACAUUCCCUUCCGCACAGAUAUGUGUGGGGAUGUUGUCCUCUAUCAUACAGACAACUGCGAGCGAAGGGAUGGUAUUGUCGAGGAGCGUGCAUCCAGCGCCAGGCUCAAUGAAGAUUUCAUGGAUUACCGCUCCCUUGAGUGCAUCCCCUAAGUUCGGCUACAGUUAUGCGAAUAACCCUGCAACCACAAUGGCCUGCUGACUGGGAUGGACAAGCAAGCAGCAGAUUGAUAGUACCGUAAUCCCCCGGAUAUAGGCGCAUAGGGGCUUAUAGGAAGUACCUGGCAAAAGUGGCAUGCGCUUGUAAUCGAAUAAAAAAUAUAAGCCCAGGGCUUAACUAAGGGAUUUUAUGGAAAACGAAUUUGAGCACAUAAAA